CACGACUCUGAACUGGAAGUACAUCGAUCUAGUACGAGUUCACGGGUGGGAAGUCACGGGUUUGACUGCCGUUCCAGUUCACUUUCACCGGUAGAAGGUUGUAAAAACACGAGUUACAGGCUGCCUGGAACGCUAGGCUCGUGAGUCGUGGUUUUGAAGUCGUAACUCACGGGUUUAAAAACCUGCAUGGAACGCAGCAUGCCACUGGCAAUAAAAACAUAGAUUUCUAUUGCUGUGAAUAGCGCGAAACACUUUCAACAAAUAAUAUAAAUAAAACUUACCUGAAGUAAUAUCCGUGGGAAAUGUCACAUAAUAAUAAAUGCUAAAAAAUGUAAUUUCGUCGAGAUUGCGCAAUUAUUUUAACAUUGGAUUUUUUCAUGUCGUGUGGAAACUGCUGAUACCAAAAGUAAACUAGCCGGUCAGCUGACCGAGCGAAACAAGCGGAGAGAGACCGGAAGUCGCUCGCAAGGUGAAAAUGAGGAAAAACAAAGGGAAACCCAAUACUAUUGAAAAGGAGUUUGUGUUUGAGUUCAAGGCAGGAAAACAUGACUGUGUCCUUAAAGUGCCACUUCAGUUCCCAUUUCAAGAAAAUGUGAAUGACCUUCAUGGACGCAUAAUGCUGCUUCAUAAUAUGCCAUGCUUUGUUGAAAAUGACUUGAAAACAAGGCUGGUCAGUUUUAUAGAAAGGGAAACAUUAGAGGACUAUGACAGGGAAGCAGAGGCAGCCCUUGAGAGACUCACAACAGGACAGGUGGACAUCAACAUACUUACAAAUUCAUGGGCCAAGGCCUAUUCUGAGACUACAUUGGAACAUGCCCGUCCUGAGGAACCCAGCUGGGAUGAGGAUUUCGCAAGUGUGUACCACGAGCUGAUCCACUCUCCAGCCUCCGAGACCCUACUCAACCUAGAACACAGUUACUUUGUCAGUGUCUCUGAGCUUAUCAGUGAGAGAGACAUGGAGCUCAAGAAACUUCAGGAGAGGCAGGCUGCAGAGAUGGAUAAAGUCAUGCAGGAGCUUGGGAAGACUUUGUGUGACCAAGAUGUGAAUACUGUGGCUGCCCAGCACUUUGACGCACAGCAGGUACUGGAGAACAAGUGGGCCAGUGAACUAAAACAAGUCACGGGUAUCCAGAAACAAGAGUAUCAGGAGUGGGUCAUGAAACUUCAUCGAGACCUUCAGAAUCCCAAUAACAGCUCAAUCAACGAGGAGAUCAAGGUGCAGCCGGGACAGCUGGGGGAGGCAGGCGAGGCGGGGGAUCGGCUUUUCGAGGAGCAGCGACAGCUGGAGGAGAGCUUCACCAUCCACUUAGGGGCUCAACUUAAGACCAUGCACAACCUUCGGCUGGUGAGAUCCCACGUGCUGGACUUUUGUAAGCACCGUCGCCAUAGCAGCAGUGGGGUGAAACUGCGGAGGUUGCAAACUGCUCUCUCGCUGUACUCCACAUCGCUCUGUGGCCUGGUGCUGUUGGUUGACAACAGGGUCAAUUCAUACAGUGGGAUCAAAAGAGAUUUUGCCACGGUGUCCCAAGAGUGCACAGAUUUCCACUUCCCUAGGGUGGAUGAGCAGCUGGAGAUCAUCCAGCAGGUGGUGCUGUACGCUCGAGCUCAACGCAACAGCAAGCAGAAAGAGCAGCCCGAGAUGCCGAGAAAUGGAGGCAGCGAAGACAAAAAUAAGAUUAUAGACCGAAAUUCUUCCAAUAUUCUCCCAGGUGAAUUCUACAUCACCCGCCAUUCAAACCUGUCUGAGGUUCAUAUCGUAUUCCACCUCUGUGUUGACGAUAACGUACGCUCUGGAAACAUCACAGCCCGAGACCCGGCCAUCAUGGGCUUGAGGAACAUCCUAAAAGUCUGCUGCACCCAUGACAUCACCACCAUCACUAUUCCACUGCUGCUGGUACAUGACAUGUCAGAGGAGAUGACCAUUCCCUGGUGUCUGAAACGUGCUGAACUAGUCUUCAAGUGUGUAAAAGGUUUUAUGAUGGAAAUGGCAUCCUGGGAUGGAGGAAUCUCACGGACUGUCCAGUUUCUUGUUCCACAGAGUAUCUCAGAGGACAUGUUUUACCAGCUGAGCAACAUGCUGCCUCAGAUCUUCAGAGUCUCUUCAACUCUCACGUUAACAUCAAAACGCUGACCAACCAUAGCAACCUACAUAAACACACACUGGCAACCGGUGUUUGUUAAACCUCAACUGGCAACGUAAAGGACAUCCCAUCACGUUAGGGCUCAAUUUUCAGAAAUACGAACCAUAAGCUGUCAUUUAGUGCUACAAAUACAAGCCGGUUGCAAGAUUCCUGAUUAUUUCAAUCAUGAUUUACUGGCAUCCAUCAUUUGUAUCUCCGAAUCAUAUCAUUAAAUAUUAUAGGGAGUUUUCAUACUGUGAUACUGGGACCGGCAUUCACCUAGUGCUGCAUGGGAAAUGUGUACUGCCAAGACAAGCUGUGUAUUCGUGCUGCAUUGCAGUCAACCACCUUUGGCCCCCGGUGUCUUUAUUACAGACCAUAAACACCAGAUGGCGCUGUUUUGGAGCCUUUUACAGGAAGUUUGAGGUAACCAAAGCUGCUGAUUCCAAAUGUCAAACGAAACCAACCGUCCGAGUAUUAUAAGUGAUUUACCAUGUGUUUGUAUAUUAGGUGGCAGUUGUAUGCACUGGCACAUAUGCAGUUAUAUUUAAACAGCGUGAACUUUAAAAAGUGGGGCAUUGCUUGUGUUUCCCAAUGCAUAUGUUUUUUUUUUUAACAAAUGUUUACCUCAUUGAUCUUUUAUUGAAAGCAUUUUCUUAAAAAUGUAUCUUGGUAAUGUUGAACAGACUAGAGGGGGUUUUGUAAUAUUUAUUUUUUAAUUACCUUUACAAAGAGGUCAACUAGUAAGUAAGUAAAGUCUUUGGAAAGACUUUUCCUAAUGAGUACAUUAGCAUAUAAAGUACCCAAGCACUGCUAAUCUGAGGGUUAAAGCAUUUGCAUUAGCAUCAAUCAGUCUUUUGUCCCAUAACACUGUCUUGUUAAUGACAUGCAUCAUUGCUAAAUGUCAUUUCAGUCAAUCUAAAGUCAGGCAGUCUGAUGUAAAUCAAUUUGAUGUAUUGUAACAUAUUGAUAUUGAUGUACUAAUAAUAAUUUGUGUGGUUCCAUCACUGCCCUGCUGUUAUACAUAAUAAUUAUGUAAAUAAAACAUGGUAAUGUACGUAUAAAAAAUACUUGAAUUAUCUAUAUCAUUCCACAUUCCCAUUGUGUUAUUAUAAUUUGUUAAUAUAUCAAUAUAUCUGAUCAAUAUAUCGAUUGAGGUACUUUUUGAUAUUGGCACUGUAUCAUCUACCUGCAUUCACGUAACAUAUAAAGAUUGUCAUGUGCUGCUGUUUAUCCCAAAAAAUUUACUCAAUACAUAAUGGCACUGCAGUUUUCCUGCCAUUGGUGUUUAGAUCAUGGGAGCUUGUGCUAUGGAAAUGUGUCACCAAAUGUCCUGCAUUCUUGGUAUCAUUCAGUGGCAGGAUCUGGUCUCCGGUUACCCAUGCCUGGGGUCGGAAACUUAGGUGCAGGCUCAGCGACCUCCACCUCCCCCCUUUGCUUGCCGUUAGUGCUUUAACCAUCUGAGCUCAUCUGAACCGUGCCUGACAGACUUGUUUAUUCAGCCCGGUCGAAACAUUGAACUUACGCCUAAGCUGUGUCUUCCACUAAUGCACUUUCCUGUCAAAUUGAUGUGAUAAGAUUAUAAUGCUUUUAUUUUAAUAAGACCUUAGCAUCCUUACACCAUCUACUACAUGUAUAUGCUGUCAAUGCAAAACGAUGGGAAACUGAUUCUCUUUUCCAAUUGAGGGAUAUAUGGUUAUGCUGUGGUAUGUUAUUUGAACAUCGAUAUUAGCAAUGCCCAGACAUUCCUCAUGGGAUCUGAUGUGGCACAGACCGUUCAGUCUGUCUGUGUGUUUGCAUUAACAGCUUUUUUCUGAGACACCAAGAUUUGUAUUAGAUUUGUCGAGCCUUGUUGUCUCAGUCAUUGGGGUGUGUAUU